GACAGCUGAACCCACGAGGAGUAAGUCUGCCUCACCUAGCUCAUUCAAACCCUCAACUGAGAGAGUUCAUCUACCAAUAGCGGAUUGGGCGUCAUCGCGAUAACCAAUAGCGAUCCUGCGCAGCGUCCGCGAUGCGUGCUGGCGGGUUGCGCGCAUAUAAAAGGCGAACGGGAGGCGGGUCGACACUAGUUCGUUAGCCCGCCAUCAGCACUCAUCAUGUGUGACGACGAGGUUGCUGCUCUUGUGGUCGACAAUGGAUCUGGAAUGUGCAAGGCCGGUUUCGCAGGAGACGAUGCUCCGCGUGCUGUGUUCCCUUCCAUCGUCGGACGUCCUCGUCACCAGGGUGUCAUGGUUGGUAUGGGGCAGAAAGACUCGUACGUCGGGGAUGAAGCUCAGUCAAAGAGAGGUAUCCUCACGCUGAAGUACCCCAUUGAGCACGGAAUUGUUACGAAUUGGGAUGACAUGGAGAAAAUCUGGCAUCAUACUUUCUACAAUGAGCUUCGUGUUGCUCCAGAAGAACACCCCGUCUUGUUGACUGAGGCUCCACUCAAUCCGAAAGCUAACAGAGAAAAAAUGACGCAAAUCAUGUUCGAAACAUUCAACACGCCUGCCAUGUAUGUGGCUAUUCAAGCUGUGCUUUCUCUGUACGCUUCUGGACGUACCACCGGAGUCGUCCUUGAUUCAGGAGAUGGUGUUACUCACACUGUUCCCAUUUACGAGGGAUAUGCUCUACCUCACGCCAUUCUCCGUCUGGAUCUUGCUGGACGUGACUUGACUGAUUACUUGAUGAAGAUCCUUACUGAGCGUGGAUACUCCUUCACCACAACUGCCGAGCGAGAAAUUGUUCGAGAUAUCAAGGAAAAGCUGUGCUAUGUCGCCCUCGACUUCGAGCAAGAGAUGGCCACUGCUGCCUCAUCCUCAUCCCUGGAAAAGUCUUAUGAACUUCCUGAUGGACAGGUCAUCACUGUAGGAAACGAACGAUUCCGUUGCCCUGAAGCCCUCUUCCAGCCUUCCUUCCUGGGUAUGGAAUCUGCUGGUAUUCACGAGACCUCAUACAAUUCAAUCAUGAAGUGCGACAUCGAUAUUCGUAAGGAUCUUUAUGCUAACACUGUAUUGUCUGGAGGAACUACCAUGUACCCUGGUAUUGCUGAUCGUAUGCAGAAGGAAAUCACUGCAUUAGCCCCUAGCACGAUGAAAAUCAAAAUCAUUGCUCCCCCAGAACGCAAAUACUCCGUAUGGAUCGGUGGAUCAAUCCUUGCCUCAUUGUCCACCUUCCAACAGAUGUGGAUCUCGAAACAAGAAUACGAUGAGUCCGGUCCCUCGAUCGUUCAUCGCAAAUGCUUCUAAGGACAAAAAUAAUCUCAUUAUGUCUCUCACUUCCAAACAAAUUCAUUUUGCUCCAUCAUCGUCAUCAUCAUCGAUGUACUCUUAUGUUGUGUGUCUAUGGUUUGUUUCUGUCUCGGGCAGGCUCCCGUGCUGUAAUCACUACUCCCGGUAGUAGUAGCCCGGGUCGUACUGGCCAAGUUAGAAGCAGGUCCUAGUCAUCAAUUUAUAUGCUCAUGAAAAUGCAAUAAUCUUUAAUAUGCAAUAAUAAAGUUUUGAAAAUUGUAA